CCGAUUUGUAACGUCAUUCCAGGAUCGACUAAGCCAAGCGAUGCAGAAGACUCGGAGCAACUCGAAUCCGACUGGAUUCCAGAGCCUCCUCGGGGUCUCCGUGCUCUGGCACGGCUGGCUCAAGAAGCUUGGGCGAUUUAGCAAGCGCUGGCGUAAACGCUACUUCAUAUUCUUGUCUACACCCAACGGCAUGAAGGAGUUGCGUCACUAUGACACAUUCAAGGACGUCAAUACGCUGCUCAUGUCCACGCCGAAGGGCGUUAUCUCGAUGACGGAUGCCACGGGUAUCUGCUGCUUCACGCCCGUACCUAUGGCUGGCAGGAAACCCAUGAAAUUUAACCGCUCGGAUACCAAUGACUCGAGACCGGGUGCAUACGACCAGAAAUUUGCUGUUCUGACGCCUCUUCACGUGAAUUUGCUGGCUUUCCACAAUGGCAGAGAAUGGAGUGGUGCCAGUGAAUCGCAGCAAGGAUUGUCGUUAUUGGCAUCACUAUCGGCGUUUUACCCGACUGUGGAUGUUCUUCAUUCAGGGUGGAUGACGAAGAGGCGAGAGCGGAAUGUUCACAGUCCAAAGAGCAUUAUGACGUACUGGAAGCGGCAUUUCUUCGUUUUCUUGACGUCGGGUGAUCUGCUGUACUUUCGGGACGAUACAUUGGGUGAACUACAGGGUCGUGUGGACGUUCGCCAUGCCCCUACCGUUCGCGUUACUGGAGAGCAGCUUAUGGAAGAGAGGAAAAAAGAUGGAGGCAUGUUUAAGUUUGCUAAAAUGCCAGCACUCGAACGGGAGACGUGUCUGAUUUGGAUUGCCACUCCUCCGUCCAAGAUGUUUGUAUUGAAACUGGAGGAUGAUCACGAAGAAUCGGGUGGUGGAGCUGGUGGUAAAGCAGCUCUCGGGUCUUCAGGUGUGGGGGUUACUACCAGAAAAGCUGAGCUUACUCCAAGCUCCAAGAAGUGGUUACACUUGCUACUACAGGGGCAUGCGGAAACAAAGUAUACACAGCUUGAAAAAUGUAUUGCAACGGGCAAGUAUGGGCUGACAACAGAGAUUAUCUCGGCAGUCCGUGCAGGAAUCCCAGACGAGCUGCGUGGACAACUUUGGAAAGGAUUUUCUGGUGCGACCGAUCUCCAACGACGCGUAGAGCUUAAACAUGCGAUCCGCAGUGCAUCCAAGUCAUCGAACGUUUUCCGCAUGCCAUCACGUGAAAAUUCUGUCAGAAGUGGCCACAAAUCUCCAACAUCGAAGAAGCACGCAAUUUAUGAAAUGUGCUCUGCAGCCAUUGACGCAACGAAGAUGGAUACACCGGAGAACCAAAUGCUUUUCACCCGUUUGUGCGCGUUGGCGCUCCAGGAAAGUGGGCACGCAGCGGUUACUGCGCGGACAAGUGAACUACAGAAUUUAUCCGGUCGCUUUGGACGUGCUGUUUCAGAUGCAUCGAACCCGUCAGAUCAAUACAGUGAAGACCGCGGGUCAUUUUACGAUGACGAACGAGACUCCAUGGACGACGAAGACGCCGAACAGUUUGAGGUCGAAGAGACUAAAGCUGGCAGCGAUCCUUUUCGUAGACGCCCGUCAGCUCGAAAUACACUCAAGCAGCUCGAAAAGGGCAAAAUGGGCAACUACGUGUACCCUAGCGACUACCCUGCAGCAGAUUGGGAGCUUACAUCCAGGCGCCGGUUAUUAAUCGCAAGCUCGCGUUACAAUCCAUAUUCCCAUCCAUUUCCUUGGAGAGUGUCUUGUUUACUGCUCGCGUAUGUCGAAGAAGAGAGCGCAUUCUGGAUCAUUAACAGCAUCAUCGAUUCGCUUCUUCCGGGUUAUUUCCAUGGCUACCGGCCAGCUUUGCAGAUUGAUGUGGCAGCGUUCACCACACUUCUAGAAAACCGUUUACCGACUCUCGCAGCUCAUCUAGCAACCUUGAAGUUCCCUCUUGGCCGGCUAGUUGAACGAUGGUUCCUAAGCUUAUUCACCGCUUCGCUUAUCCCGCUCCCCACAGUUCUGCGGAUUUGGGAUGCCUUCUUCAUUCGUGGAGUGAUUGUGUUCUACGGAGUCGGUAUUGCGUUGCUGUUUCGCGCGGAAGAAACGCUUUUUCAUGCCAAAACUGCCACUGAAGCGGAGGAGUAUUUGAGAGCUAGCGAACGAAGCUGCAUCGAUGCUGAUGCGGUCUUCUCCGUGGUCUUCAAGGACGAUCUUACCAUCCCCUGGCUCACAGGUGAGCAACUUGAAAAACUGAGAUUGUCACAGCGUCAUCGAGUGAUGGAGCUGGUAUCGCAGAAGGUGGGGUACUUCAAAGAUAAGCUGAGCAUUCUCAAGCUUACACAAGACCUAGGUUCGCGCUGCCAAGCUGUUGCCAAACAGUUCUUGACUGACCGUAAAGGCGUCACGGCUGCUCUGCGGCUCAGUGAGGUAGCCCAGACCAACGAAGAGAAAGACCCGUACGACAUGUACGGACUUGAGGAUGAAAUCAACUCCCUCGACAUUGGCUUCGAUGGUGACAAACUGGAAGAUUCGUUCCAAAUGACCCUGCACUUGCUGCUCGAGCAAGUAAGGGAGUCUUCUGCAGCGGCGGAAGCCCUUGCAGUUGAGCUGGGACAGCGACAAGCCAAGUGGUUAGCUGCUUCAAGCCAGCUUGCAGCUUGCCCCCUUGCUCAACCUCCCACACCGGACUCACACAGUUGGCUCUCGCAGGUUAAGCAAGGCAAAAUCUCCGGCGCAGGACAUGACGCUUCUUCCCUCUUUGCCUCCGGAGGCGAUGGAUUUCCUUCUGCUUCUCGUGUCAUCGAAGCGUCUGGCAUGAUGUUCGACACCGGUGAAGCUCGUCUUCCUAGCAACGAUGCCUCAGGAAGUGGGAACGAUAACUCAACCGCUGGACAACGUAGCUGCUUGUUGAUGGAGAGAGAAGACCUCAUGCUAUCUGACCGUCAUCUCGCUGAGAUGUAUCUGUACUCGUUGGUGUCCUCGCUUAAGGCGCUGUGUGCUGUUCGGCUAGAAUGUCUCGGCGUAACGUAUCGAUUCAUGUGGCAUGGUGGGUCCUGGCUGGAGUCUGCUGUCAAUUACCCUUCAUUCUCCUCGACAACAGAGGCAGAAGCAGCUCCAUCCACACCAAACUCGCGGCAAUCUGUUCGAGUCAAGUCCCAGUCAUCGAUGUCUAGCUCGUCAAAAAGACGUCCGCGUGCUGUGGACGACUCGGCACUAUCUGGUCGCAAACGUGGAGACUCUGGCGCGAUUACACCAAGACGAGGGGGACGCCCAACCACACGUAGUUUCUACAAUCCAAGCAAGUCUCCAACGCGACUACGACCAAGCUUAUCGUCCGGUGAUUUCUCGGUGCUGGAAUUUGCCGCAGGCGGUGCAGGCACCAACUUGUACGAUGACCCGAUCAUCGAAGGCCAGCCCGCUCCGUCUUCACCCACGUACGCUGAGCAACUUGUUGAUGCCAGCGAUGCCUACCCCGUCACACCAACAUCGUCAUCUCCGCAAGACAGCAGUGCAGUUGGGCUGGACUUUACCCUUGGUCGUGGUCUAGAUCGCUGUGCGGCGUCGACGCUGGAUACCUCGAACAAACCGUUGUUGGCAGCACUCACAACACAACACCGAGACGGUGAACGAGUGUUCAGAGAGUCACACAAACGCUUGCUUAGUGGUCUCGGCAAAUUCUUGCGCCUCGAGUAUCGUGACCAGGACUGGGCUUUGCGUGAGCGCGCUCUGACCAUUGAACGAGAACUUCAGCAGGAACUUCAAGAGAUUGAAGCCGAAGUUCAUGGAGCACAAUGGCUACAGCAUUAGGUAUGACAGCGUAACAUGAUAGGGUAACUUACGGUUGUGUUCUGAUCGUCGCUCACCAUUAAAGCUGCGUGCGCGGGCCUUUGAUCCCAUUACUGCUGGGCUGGGCCCCUACCACGGCACCAAUCUCGCUGGUAAAUGGGUCUCCGACGCUACUAUCAUCAGCAUGGCUACUGGUGUUACUACUGGAGCGUUUGAAGAAAUGGGGCGACUCGGCGAACGGGUGAUCAGGAUCAUCGUUGCUGAGCACACGAAUGCCCAGUUCUUCCAUGAUUUCUGUCACAGCCAGCCAGACUUCAGACUUGAGCAUGGCAUACUUGCGCGCAUCCAGCUCUUCAGUGUAUGAGUAUACUCGAAUGGUGUAGAGUUCCUCCAUUGCUACGAAAAAGAAGCGUUCCCACUUCUCGCCAUGCCGCAAGUCUGACUGGUUUUCUUCGUGAGAUGUAAGUCCAACAUGUAACGACUGUAGCAUACUCUCCAGGCGUCGUAGAGCCUGUCGCAAUGUCUCCACUGGUGUAGCGCGUGAUACUCGGACGUGCAAAUCCACGUCGCGCUUUGGUCGCUGCGAGAAAUUGAUCAUGGGCUUGUAGAGAAAGAAACUGUUAGGCACAUAAAGCGUUGUUCCUUCAAGGCUCACCACUGUCGUGUAACGCAGAGAUACGCGAUGUACGAAUCCUUCAGCGUCUCCAACGCGAAUAAAGUCGUCAAUCUUGAACUGUGAAUUGAACGCGAGAAAGAGACCGCCCACAACAUUGUGGAAAGAUGGCACGAAGCCCAACGCGAUGGCCAGACCAAUCACACCGAGCACCGAGUACUUGAGUGUAGCACUGUUACCCAAAGCUGACGAGUAGAUGAUCAGCGCAAUGAUUAACAGCGUCGUCAGCCGAAGAAUCUACCGGCAAGUUAGCAACGGUAAAUCAACAAUACUAGGACGUUUUAAGCAGA